GCCCGCGCCACUCUCCUUCGCGCUCCCGCCCUUCUGGUGCCGCCGCGCGGCCACAGGCAAAGCAACUUUGCUCGCGCCGGGGCUGGCCGGACCUGUCCCGCGCAGAGCCCGCAAGGCCAUGGACGUGUUGGGUUGGCUGCUGCCGCCGCUCCUGCUGCUGGGCGCGCAGCCGCAUCACGGCGCCAGAGCAAUGAAUGACAUUGGGGACUACGUGGGCUCCAACCUGGAGAUAUCCUGGCUCCCUAACCUGGAUGGCCUAAUGGAGGGCUAUGCCCGGAACUUCAGACCAGGCAUUGGCGGUCCCCCGGUGAACGUGGCACUUGCCCUAGAGGUAGCCAGCAUUGACCACAUCUCAGAGGCAAACAUGGAAUAUACCAUGACAGUGUUCCUGCACCAGAGCUGGCGGGACAGCAGGCUCUCCUAUAACCACACCAACGAGACCCUUGGCCUGGACAGCCGCUUUGUGGACAAGCUGUGGCUUCCUGACACCUUCAUUGUGAAUGCCAAGUCUGCCUGGUUCCAUGAUGUGACUGUGGAAAACAAGCUUAUCCGCCUACAGCCUGACGGCGUGAUCUUAUAUAGCAUCCGCAUCACCUCCACAGUGGCCUGUGACAUGGACCUCGCCAAGUACCCCAUGGAUGAGCAGGAGUGCAUGCUGGACCUGGAGAGCUAUGGCUACUCUUCUGAGGACAUUGUCUAUUACUGGUCAGAAAACCAGGAGCAGAUCCACGGGCUGGACAGGCUGCAGCUGGCCCAGUUCACCAUCACCAGUUACCGCUUCACCACGGAGUUGAUGAACUUCAAAUCGGCUGGCCAGUUCCCGAGGCUCAGCUUGCACUUCCAGCUUCGGAGGAACCGGGGUGUCUACAUCAUCCAGUCCUACAUGCCCUCUGUUCUCCUGGUGGCCAUGUCCUGGGUCUCCUUCUGGAUUAGUCAGGCAGCAGUGCCCGCCAGGGUAUCUCUAGGCAUCACCACUGUGCUGACAAUGACCACACUCAUGGUUAGUGCCCGCUCCUCCCUGCCGCGGGCUUCGGCUAUCAAGGCUCUAGAUGUGUAUUUCUGGAUCUGUUACGUCUUUGUGUUUGCUGCCUUGGUGGAGUACGCAUUCGCCCACUUCAACGCAGACUACAGGAAGAAACGAAAGGCCAAGGUCAAGGUUACAAAGCCAAGGACAGAGAUGGACGUGAGGAAUGCCAUUGUCCUCUUCUCCCUCUCGGCUGCUGGGGUCAGCCAGGAGCUGGCCAUCUCCCGUCGCCAGGGCCGUAUCUCUGGGAACCUCAUGGGCUCCUAUAGGUCUGUGGAAUUGGAGGAGAAGAAAGAGGGGGCGUCCCGCCCAGGGGGCCCAGGAGGCAUCCGUUCCAGACUCAAACCCAUCGACGCAGACACCAUCGACAUCUAUGCCCGAGCUGUGUUCCCUGCAGCUUUCGCAGCUGUCAACAUCAUCUACUGGGCAGCAUAUGCCAUGUGACGGCAGUACAC